GAAAGUGGUUGGACAAUAUAAAAAAGAAAACGGGCUUAAAGUAUUAGGUUGAAAUUCGGUUUUCGAUUUUAAACCCCAAACCGAAUUCAAUCUAUAAUCCAUAUUUUUAAAUUUUUCAAUCUGAUUCAAUCCAGUUUCGGUUCGGAUCGAUUUUAAACCGAAUUACUUCACCCCUACAAGCUACCUUGAAUACCCAGACUACUCGGCUCAUUAACAACCCAUUGAACCCAACACCCCUAGUGGCCCUAGUAAACAUGUAAAAUAAAUGGGACCCAAUUUGAUUACAUGUCAAAAAAGAAACACCUACGUGUCAAUUUACAACAGAAAGAAAAAAAAAAACAAAACUUUUCUCUCUCCUCACUCUUUCAGUUUUCCAUAUCAGAGAGAGGGCGCAAGUUUGUCACUCUCACAAAAAUCUGAGGGUUCCUUCAUUCCUUUCUUUCUUCAACCUUUUUAUACUUACCGUUACCUACUCAAACUCACCUUCCUUCUUUUCCUCUUUCCUCCAUUUUCUCUCUCCUCAUUUUUCAAAUUUUUCUGGUACAAUUUUACGCCUAAAUUAUGAUGACUCCUGAAUGUUUCUCUCUCACAAACCCUAACCCUAAUUUGGGUGGAAUUUCAUUGAAGAAUAAGCUCUCUUCUUCAUCAAUGGCGUCCUUUUCGUUUGCUCCGCCUACGUCGUCAUUUUCUGUGCGAUUUGAAUCAAUCAAUCGUCGUCGAAGAGCGUUGCUGGUUUCUGGUAUGGCAGCGUCGCCGAAGGGGUUAACUGGGUCCUGCUUACCGAGUCGAUAUCGGCAGAAGAAGAACCUUUCCGUUGUUUUUGCUGCUUCUCACGAAGAAUCUUCCUCGGAAGCGGAAAUUGAUACGGAGAAGGAUGAUAUUAACAAAGGUGGUAAAGCGUCUCAGGAAGCUUGGGAACAAGCUUUAGCAUCUUUUAAAGAGCAAGCCUUAAAGCUACAAAGUGUUUCACAAGAAGCAUAUGAAGUAUAUAUGAAAAAGGCAGUUGUUACACUGAAGGACACUGCCGAUAAAUUGAAGAUUCAAGCUGAUCAAGCAAGGCAGGAUUUAAGUGUAAUGACAGUAGAGUUGAGUGAAGAGGGUAGACAAUAUCUUGCUACAGCAGCAGAGAACUCCCCGGAACCUGUGAAGGAUGUAGUGGAGACCUUUGCUUCUGCUCGUGAUCUAGAUGAUGUAUCUAAAGUCCGUGAUUUCUAUAUAGGGAUACCAUAUGGGACAAUUCUGUCUGUUGGUGGCUUCCUUAACUUUAUGAUAACUGGAAGCCUUUCUUCCAUUAGGUUUGGUGUGAUCCUUGGGGGUAUUCUUUUGGCAUUGAGCGUAUCAAGUCUAAGAUCAUGGAGGAAAGGGGAGUUUAGUGAUACGACUUUGAAAGGGCAGGCAGCAAUUGCUAGCAUUCUAUUUUUAAGGGACGCGCGCUUGGUGUUUGAGGGGUUGACAUUUUUUGGACUUCUGAAAACAAUCAUCAGUGGGGCAGUUGCAGCUUUCUUCAUAUAUAGGAUUACCUAUGACAAGAGGCAACCAAAUAUUGAUGGGGAGGCAACCAGUUAAAGCGUAGAUUAGAACCUACUGUUUUUUUUCAUCAAACAACCACCAGAUGACACGUGAUGCUAACGCAGAUCUCAGAGUUCAAUUGAGGUUGAGGAUGCUCAGUUGUGUGCAAGAUCUUGGAAGUUUCAAUCAACUAUAGAAGCAAGUCCAUAAUUUUAAAAAAUUUGUUGUAUUUACCCUUUCUGUGUCCCGAUUUAAAUUUGUUCAAAACGCAGGUCUCUUAGCAUGUAAUAAUAAGCAUGUGUGUUGGCCUUUGCUGGCACAUGAAGUUGCUUGCUGUUGCCCAACCUUUAGUCUAUGCACAGCAUCAGCAGUUUAUAAAGCAAGUUUCUAGUAGACCUAGAAUUUAUUAUUAAUUGUGAAUGUGGGAGAGGAUUGUUGGCGGUUUUUUUGUUAAGGGUUCCAGUUGGAAUAAUUGUUUGAACAUGAUCAAUUUCAAAGCAGGUGUUAAUUUCUGACAUAAAUUGCGGUGAUAUUUUUGGAAAAAA